CUGGCAGAGAGGCAACAUGACCUUGCCGUUUCUCUUCCAGCCUCACGUCACAACAUGGAAGCCGUCGCCAAGUUCGAUUUCACCGCCUCGGGUGAGGACGAACUGAGCUUUCACACGGGAGACGUUCUCAAGAUCCUCAGCAACCAAGAGGAGUGGUUCAAGGCGGAGCUGGGGAGCCAGGAAGGCUACGUGCCCAAGAACUUCAUAGACGUCCGAUUUCCCGAGUGGUUUCAUGAAGGCCUCUCCAGACACCAGGCCGAGAACUUGCUCAUGGGCAAGGAGGUCGGGUUCUUCAUCAUCCGGGCCAGCCAGAGCUCCCCAGGGGACUUCUCCAUCUCUGUCAGGCACGAGGAUGACGUCCAGCACUUCAAGGUCAUGCGUGACAACAAGGGGAACUACUUCCUGUGGACCGAAAAGUUCCCCUCCCUAAACAAGCUGGUGGACUACUACAGGACGACGUCCAUCUCCAAGCAGAAGCAGAUCUUCCUGAGGGACAGGGCCCGAGAGGAUCAGGGUCGCCGGGCCAACAGCCUGGACUGGAGGCCCCAGGGAGGCCCCCAGCUCAGCGGGGCCACGGGAGAAGAGAUCCGGCCGGCCGUGAACCGGAAGCUGUCGGACCACCCGCCCCCCGUGCCCUCGCAGUACUCCCCGCACCCGCCGCCGCCCCAGCGGUACCCACAGCACCAUCAUUUUCACCAGGAUCGCCGUGGGGGCAGCCUGGACAUCAACGACGGGCACUGUGGCGUGGGCAUGGGCGGUGACGCGAAUCCGGCCCUCAUGCAUCGGAGACACACGGACCCGGUGCAGCUGCAGGUGGCAGGGCGCGUGCGGUGGGCGCGGGCGCUGUACGACUUCGAGGCCCUGGAGGACGACGAGCUGGGCUUCCGCAGCGGGGAGCUGCUGGAGGUCCUGGACAGCUCCAACCCGUCCUGGUGGACCGGCCGCCUGCACAGCAAGCUGGGCCUCUUUCCCGCCAACUACGUGGCGCCCACGACGCGCUGAGCCCGCCAGGGUCCGGACGCCUCUGUUUGAAGCCGCCCGCGCGGGAGUGGGCAAGGAAAGGAGCCGGGGCACGUGACUGCACACGCACGCAUGCGCAGACGGGCGUGCGUCCACCACAGUUUGUCGUCGUAAUUUAUUGGCAGUUGUCUUGGUGAACGAGUUGUAGGAGGAGGAACUCGGGCGGAGAGCGACAGCCACACUUAUGUCCUCCUCCCUCAGGGCUGUGCAGAAGACCGGGGGCGGGGGCGGGGGGUGGGGGCAGGGAGACGAACCAGAACUUCUCCUGUGCGCGAGCUCUGGCCCGUUCCUCCUUGGCUUGGGAAUCUUCACGGAGAGCAGCGAAGCGAGGCGGCACCCGGCAUCGGACACUGGGCCGCAGGUGGGGCGGUUCGAGCGCACCUUGCAGGCCCGCUCACCUGCGGGUUCCGGGCGGCUUCCCCCCGCCUCCAGGGGGUGGGCCCUGCUCCGAUGAGGACUGCCGCGCAGCCACGGGCACGGAGCCAGCCGAGCGGGGCGCAGCGCGUGGAGAGGCCCUGCCCGCGCACGGCCGGCCUCCUGGCCCCGGCCCAGCUGCCUUCCGCCCCGCAGAGGAGCGUCCCUUGCACCAUCUCUCGCCUACGCUGACGGGCAGUGUGUGCAGCAGAGAGCCGGGGACGCUGCAGGAGCCCGCCCUGGGAGACCGAGGGAUUUUCCCAGCUGCCCAUGGCUCACGUGGGCGUCUCCUGGGUCUCCCCAGCUGCAGGGAACGCGGCACCCUGGACUCUGAGGGCCGGCGAGCAGGGGCUGGGGACGCUGGCUCUGAGGGCACUGCUCGGGGCUCUGCUUGGUCUGCCUCCUGAUUUUCUGCUUCGCAGGUGCCUUGCCCGGUGGCACAGAGGCCACUUUGUAAGAGCACUGGCGACUGACCCCGGGCGAGGAGGGGCUGGGCGACGAGCCUCCCCUUGGGCCUGACCAGCGCCGGAGGACCCCUAGCCUCCCUCCUCACCUCAGGCUGGAGUCUUGUCCUGGUGCCCACCUGGCCGGGCUCAGCGCCUUCCCGGGGAGCCUGGGAGCAAACAUGGCUGCGUGGAGGGCACUUAGUGUGUGUGCAUGCGUGCAGAGGCGUGUAUUCCGCACGUGUGUGUGCAUGUGUGCAGCUUGUGUGGGUGUGCAUGCACGUGGAUGGGAAAGAGAGCUGCGGUGGGGGGGCUGUUCUCCUCCCCAGCCGCCCUGCUCUGAGGAGGGGCGGGGCCUUCACCCAAGGACCUGUGAGAAGAGAGGGUUUCAGGUUCAGAAGUAGCUGCCCGUGUGACGCAAGCUGUGUUCUCCGUGCCUCUGGUUCUACUGUUUGGUCCCCGUGUGAGGACUGGGAGGGAAAACAGCAAACGGCCUGAGGACAGGGCAGGAGCAGCAGGGCGCCGCGUGGGGACGGGAACCUGAGCCGAGAAGCCACAGAACAGACAGGGAGCAAAGGCGACAGACGUCCAGGUCACGUGAGCUUUCCGUAUGACAUCCCGGGUGCUUCCAGCCGCCCGCCAGCUGCACGUGUCUGCCUGCCUCUGGGGGCGGCCAGCCCGAGUCCCACAGAGGCAGGUGGUUCGGUUCUGGUCCAGGCUGUGGGGCCACGAGGUCGCUGCUCAAGGAAGUGGCCAGGCAGCCGGCGCCCUUGCCCUUCUGGGCUGUGUCGGGGGCCUGUGGUGCCCAGCACUGGGGCCGAGGGCCGGCGUGGGACCACAGAGGCUGAGCACUCGGCUGGCGGGGUGGGCAGAGCUGUCGGAACUCCCUGGACUGGGCGUCCUGCACUUCCAAGGCCGCAGUGGGGCGAUGGCGGAGGACCACCUGCUGAGGCCCAGCGCCACCUUUGCCCUGCUCAGUUCCGAAGGCAGGAGCGGGAGAGCCCCCCAACCACCCAGGCGGAGAGGAGCACAGGGGCUGAGCCACCCUGGGGGGCACAAGGAGCUGCUCCCCGCCCUUCCCCGUCACCCCAGGUCCUAUGGUUGGUGAGUCAGUGCCUGGGGAGGGCCCAGGCCUGUCGCCAGCCACUCAGCAGCGCAUCACCUGCGACUCUGCAGGGGAGCGGGGACUUCCAGACAAAGGCCAGUUCCUGUUGGGCCAGCGGGGGCUCCUCAUCGCCUCCUGGGUCUCACUGCACUUCCAAGACCUGCCCCCCCCCCCCGCCACUGCCCACCCACCUGUGGGUUGCCCCAGGGAGAUUCAAGAUGCUGCUGCUCAGAAUUUCAAGUCUCAAGGGCUAGCUGGGCUCAGCGUGUGCGAGGCAGAGUGUGAGUCAGUCCCGCUCUCUGCCAGUCUCCCGGGCGCUGAGGCCACACUGAGUCACGGGGUUCAUGGGCCCGGCCAUGAGCUGAACAGCUACAAAAUCUAGUUGGAUCCUUUCUCUGGAGAUAGGCAGCCAGUUUUCUUUGUUGCCAACCUGUCUGGUCUGGGGACAGGCACAGUUCUGGACAGUCAGCGUUGUCCGCAUCUGGCGGCUGAGCGGUUUCUUAAUCUUAGCGUCUGCAUCUCCAGGAGGGCUGAAAACCGAGAGGCAUCCAGAUGAAAUGCAAACAGGGAUUUCCUGAUAGCAAUUGUUUGUGUUCACUGAUUCAUUUUCGUUUAUCUGAAAGGCAGAGUGACAGAAAAACCCAUCUACUGCUUCACUCCCCAAAUGUCUGCAGCAGCCAGAGCUCGGCCAGACCAAAGCCAGGAGCCAGGGACUGCCCCGGGUCUCCUGUGUGAGUGACAGGGACUUGGGGCAGCACCUGCUUUCCCCCAGGUACAGGAACUGGAUCGGAAGGCAGAGGUGGGGUUCCGUCCCAGGCAUUCUAUAGGACGCGGUCCGUCCCGUAUGUCUGCUGUGUCCCAAGCUGUGGCUUAACCUGCCACACCGUGAUGCUGUCCCCAUGAUUACUUAAAUAUCAGCAAGGACUUCAGAAGAAGUUGUGAAAGCUUUCUCAGGAAAUCGUUAAACACAAGGGUGAUUCCCGUCAGGUGAGGCCCUAUAUGACCUCAGUGGACCUCAGCUAACCCAAGGCAAAGCAGCUCACGCCGAGCACAGAUGGGCACGGUCCGGAUAUUUGCUGUUUGCCCUGUCUCAGCAUCUAUGCCUGUGCCAGGGGCAGGGUGUGAGAAAAGCCCUGAUUGUCCAGAACCUCCUGGGACAGGCAUUUAGCCUUGCGGUUAAGAUGCCCGCGUCCCACAUCUGAAUGCCCGGGUUUGAUACCCGCGCUGGCUGCUGACUCCGGCUUCCCGCUCGUGCAGAUCCCGGGAGGCAGCGCUAAUGGCUCAGUGAUGGCUCAGUCGCUGAGUCCCUGCCCUGACGUGGGAGACCUGGAUUGAGUUUCUGGAUCUCUGCUUCUGGCGGGCCCAGUGCAGGCUGUUGUGGGCACUUAGAGAGUGAAAUGGAAGCUGGGAAAUGUGUGUGUGU